CCUACUACCCAUUCCUUCCAGACCGAGAAUUCUCAAGGAACAUGGGCCUCUACGUACUCCUAUGGUGGCUGGGUGGCGUGGCUGCUGUGCUCGCUGUGCUAAUCGUGGGGUUCGGGAUCGUGUACCGGCGGAUCGCUGGGGUGUCUACGUCCAAGGCCAGUAUGAAGGGCAAGACGGUUAUCAUUACGGGGGCGUCUGCAGGAAUAGGCAUGGAGGCCGCCAGGGACAUGGCCAGGCGCGGGGCGAGGGUCAUCCUUGCCUGCAGAAACUUGACGAAGGCGGCCGGAGUGGCAGCCGACAUACAAACAAGCACGGGAAACAGCGACGUGGUCGUGCGUGAGCUGGAUACCUCCUCCCUCGCCUCCGUCAGAGCCUUCGCCGCUAAUAUCCUCGCCACGGAGUCUAGACUCGACGUCCUCGUCCUAAACGCCGGCAUCGGAGGACUGGACGAGAGGAGACUGACUUCGGAGGGACUCGAGAUGACGAUGGCGACCAACCAUUUCGGACACUUCCUUCUCGGCAACUUGCUCCUCGGGUUGCUGAAGAAGUGUUCCCCCAGCAGAAUAGUCAUCACUUCCUCUGACUCCCACGGUCAUAUCUCCGACUUCGAUCCCAAGAAUCUGAACUUCGGAAAGGGCGAAUUCGGACCUUACCGUUCCUACUGUCAGUCGAAGCUCUGCAAUGUGUUAUACGCUCGUCAGCUGUCGCACCUGUUGGCUGACACUGGUGUCGUGGCCAACUCUCACUGCCCGGGUCUCGUGGCCACAGAGAUCUUCCAGAAAUCGGGUGGAUUCUUGAUCGGCAAACUCUUCCGAUUCUUGGCUCUGUUCAUGUCCAAGACGGUUGAACAAGGCGCGCAGACGAUCAUACAUCUGGCAACGGCUCCGGAAACAGGGACCAUAAGCGGGAAGUUCUUCAUGGACUGCAAGGUAUCCCAGAUGGAAUCUUCUUACGGGAGAGAUAAUGCCCUGGCCAAGAUUGUCUGGGAAGAGAGUGAGCAGAUUGUAGGCCUAAAACCCGAAGAAAAGCACUACUAAAUAGGCCUGUGAUGAUCCUAAUAGGCCUGGUAGAACAUGGUCGACUUUUAACUCGUUCAGUGUAAUGGAUGUGAUUGAUAUAUUUCUCUGCUUUGUAUGAUUUUAUAGUAAUUUUUAUUUUGUUUGUGGAUAUUAGACGAGAGACUUUUUAUAUUUGAAUGUUAGAUUGAGAUUAAGGUUUAGUGGUUCAGUGUAAUUCACUUUUCGAAUACAUUUACAGUUAAUGUGGAAAAAAUAUUAUGUCAAAUAUUAUGAUUAAAGAAAAAAACUCGGCUACAAAAAAAAAAGCAAACAGGUUUAGAGCAGAAAUACAUUGACAGUGUCAGAAUUACAGUGAAAUGAAAGUCACAUUAAAUGGAACAGUAAGUCCUAACGUUUCGAGUAAGAUAGAUAUUCUCAUCAAACUAAAAUAAAGCGUUUAAUCGCCCGAUGAGGAGGAGAGUCCUUCUCGAAACGUCAAGUUCUCUCUUCUUCUUUUUCCUUGGAAUUGUUGUAUUUCAUUGAAUAUAUGAUUAGGUUUCGGUAAGGAAUUGAUAUCCACUACCGCAAGCUUAUAAUUUAUUCCAUGGGUCAAACCAUUAAAAUUUUAGAAAUGGUGUUUGUAUUGCUGGCUAACAACGAUAUUCACGAAACACAUGAAUAGGUAGUUAUAUGUUCGGUUUUGAAAAUGCAUUGUAAUUUCUUAAUAUUGACGAAUAUUAAACACAUAUAAAUAUUUCCCGCUUC